AUGUCGCCGCCGACGAUCCUCCUCACCGGCGCAACAGGCUCGCUCGGCGCGUCGACUCUGGCUCACCUCCUAUCCGACACCGACUUCGCCGUGGUCGCCGCGUUGAGGUCGUCCGCAAAGUCAGAGCCCUUCCUUCGCUCCAAGUACGCGGCGCACGUCUCCUCGGGCCGCCUCUCGUUCGUCGAAAUCCCCGUCAUGACGGCGCCGCACGCAUUCGACGGACCAGCCAGCAAUGGCGGCGGCGGCGGCGGCGUCGACGCCAUCAUCCACAUCGCCACGCCGCUAGCGUACGACGACGUGGUCGACAAGGUGAUCAAACCCAGCUGGACGAUCGUGCACAACGUCCUGACCGCAGCGGAGAAGUCGCGCCGGGUCAAGAGGGUCGUCGUGACGGGGAGCCUCGUCGCCACGAUGCGCAUCCCUGAGGGCUUGUUCGCGAGCGGCAGCACCAUCUCCGAGGCCGACUGGAACCCCAUCACGCGGGACGAGGCCGGCGCAAACCCCUCGACAGCGUACCAGUACUCAAAGGUGCACGCGGAGAAGGAGGCGUGGAAAUUCAUGAACGAGCAACCCCGGGCGUUUGACCUGAUUUUCCUGCUCGCGCCCUCGAUCACGGGGAGGAGUCGGCAGGGAGGGUUCAAGCCGGAGAAAGGCCACCUGGGCGGCCAGCCGGGCCUAUAUACAGGACUAUUCGACGUCGAGAGGCCAGGCUUCCUGUUUCCCAUGUUUGCGGAUGUCGAGGACGUGGCUCGCGUUCACGUCGAGGCUCUGUCGCCCCGUAUCCCCGGUAAUCAGAGGUAUCUGUUCCAUUCGCCGGAGCUGAUGGCGCCUAAUGCCAUUGCGGCGGCAAUUCGAGAGGAAUUCCCUCAGCUGCGGGACCGUGUUCCUGCCCCCGAAGAGGGGAGUGGUGGCGGGGAGCCGGCGAACUUGGUCAAGACGGACCAAUCGAGGUUUGAGAGUGCGUUUGGGAAACGGACCUGGAAGUCUGCGAGGCUGUCGGCCUUGGAAACGGUGCAGGAUAUUGUGGAUUACGAGCUGAGGAGUGAGAAACAGGCGGCAUAA